UUCGCCCAGCGCCGCGCCGGGAGGGGGGAACCUGCCGCCGCCGCUGCGAUGAGCCCGCGGCCCCGCGGCUGCCCCUGAGCCCGCCGUUCCCCUGCCCGGCUCCCCGCGGCCCGGUGCCCCCAUUGCGGAAGCGCGGCGGGGGCUGCCGGAGCCGCCGCCGCCGCAGCAGCGCUGCCCGCCGGCGCGCCCCGCUCCCCGCCCUGCGCGGCGGCUCCGGCGCUGCCGCCGCCGGCGGGGGUACUAUGCUCACGCGGGUGAAGUCCGCCGUGGCCAAUUUCAUGGGCGGCAUCAUGGCUGGCAGCGCGGGCGCCGACCACGGCAGCGGCGCGGACUUGCCCCUCCGGUUCCCCUACGGGAGACCCGAGUUCCUGGGACUGUCCCCGGACGAGGUGGAGUGCUCCGCCGACCACAUCGCCCGCCCCAUCCUCAUCCUCAGCAAGGAGACCCGGCGCCUGCCCUGGACCACGGGCUACGCGGAGGUAAUAAAUGCAGGGAAGAGCACGCACAAUGAAGAUCAAGCCAGCUGUGAAGUCCUCUUUGUCAAGAAGAAAACCGGAGCUGCUAAUUCUACACCAAACAAGAACUCAACAAAACGGAGGUCAUCGCUGCCCAAUGGAGAAGGUCUCCAGCUGAAAGACAAUUCGGAAACAGAUGGGAUCAACCUGUACUACUGGUCCCUGUUUGAUGGACACGCUGGGUCGGGGGCAGCUGUGGUCGCUUCCAAACUGCUGCAGCACCAUAUCCUGGAACAGCUGCAGGAGAUCGUGGACAUCCUGAGGAACACGGCCGUCCUCCCGCCCACCUGCCUGGGAGAGGAGCCCGACAACCCGUCCACCAACAGCAGGACGCUGACACGGGCGGCCUCCCUGCGUGGUGGUGUGGGGGCCCCAGGCUCGCCCAGCACCCCUCCAACACGCUUCUUCACCGAGAAGAAGAUCCCACAUGAGUGCCUGGUUAUUGGGGCCAUAGAAAGUGCAUUCAAGGAAAUGGAUUUGCAAAUAGAACGAGAGAGGACCGUGUAUAAUAUUUCUGGUGGCUGCACAGCCCUUGUGGUGGUAUAUUUAUUGGGGAAGCUUUACGUGGCAAACGCUGGUGAUAGCAGGGCUAUAAUAAUCCGAAACGGUGAAGUCAUUCCAAUGUCUUCAGAAUUCACUCCAGAGACAGAACGCCAGCGACUUCAAUACCUGGCAUACAUGCAGCCCCACUUGCUGGGAAAUGAGUUCACACAUUUAGAGUUUCCACGGAGGGUGCAGCGCAAGGAAGUUGGAAAGAGGAUGCUCUACCGUGACUUCAACAUGACUGGCUGGGCAUACAAAACAAUUGAGGAAGAUGACUUGAAGUUUCCCCUGAUAUACGGAGAAGGCAAGAAGGCUCGAGUUAUGGCAACAAUUGGAGUGACCCGAGGACUGGGAGACCAUGACCUGAAAGUGCACGACUCCAAUAUAUACAUCAAACCUUUCCUGUCCUCAUCUCCCGAGGUGAGAGUCUAUGACCUCCUGCAGUAUGAGCAUGGGCCAGAUGAUGUUCUGAUCCUAGCUACUGAUGGACUCUGGGAUGUGCUGUUAAAUGAAGAAGUGGCAGAAGCUGUCACUAAUUUUCUACCGAACUGUGACCCCGAUGAUCCCCACAGGUACACGCUGGCGGCGCAGGACCUGGUGAUGCGAGCCAGGGGAGUGCUGAAGGACCGGGGCUGGCGAAUAUCCAACGACAGGCUGGGCUCCGGAGACGACAUCUCUGUCUAUGUCAUCCCUUUAAUACACGGGAACAAGCAGUCAUGAAAGUAGCAUCAAGAGUGGUUACAAGAUGAGGAUCUUUUUGGGAAGGGCCUGUAAGAGACAAUAUGUUUUUGGUGAUCUGACCAGGACACUUGCAAUCGAUGUAAUCUAUUCAAAACUAAUGCUGGAGGGGUAUUUUUCUGCCCAAAAGGUAGGGUUCUGCACAUAUAAUGUAUAAGAUUAAAGACAACCCUUAAGAUUACAUUUUCCUUGUAGACAUGGUUUUGGUGCUUCACAGGAAUGGGGUUUAAAUGCUGCUAGCAUAUUAUGAAUUCUGUCGUCCCUCCAGGUGGGGAAUUAUAUUUUUUCUCAGUUUACCAUGUAGCUUGGAAGAGCCAUUUGAGUUGUGAAAGUAGAAUUGGGUGUCAGAAGCCAAGGAGGCUCCUGAAAAUAUUCAGAAGGUGACUUAGGUCACAUCUCAUUUAAAAAUACCUAUAUAUAUAAGAGUUUUCUUCUUUCAAAAAGUUGCAUUCAUGACUUACCUAUGGACAACUUCAAACUUGUGUAAUCCUUCAAACCCCCAUUUUCCCCUCCUGUCUCUUCUUCAGUAGACUAUACUCUUGUAUUUUAGUAGGAAAACUGAAAUUGUUUUCAGUGUGACUAUGCCUGUUUACUGCAGUUAAAACAGCCACCUGCAAAAUUAUCCAGAGGUCACAGUCCUGUGUGGUAAGAUUUAAUCUGGUGUGAGGAAUUAUUUCUCAAGAUUUCCUGUUGUGUGUAUACCAUGAUUAUCCAGAGCACGCAGACUCAGCUUUAUGUGACAUUUACCUGGAGGCCAUGGUUUCUUUGGGAUCAGAGAUUUUCAUUCAUUGAAUGGUUCUGCCUGCUUUAUCCUGUUGAAAGGAUCCUUGACCAUACAGUUUUUGCAUCAGUUGGGAUUCAGGAAGUUUAUUUGGGCUCCUGAGGGUAUUUUUUUGUUGGAUUCCUGUUUGAACUGAUGGUGUUGUUCUCGUUAUCAGUUUGGAUAACCAGAUAGUGAUCAGUUUAAAAGUUAUUUCACUUCUUCCUGCCUCACAUAUUAUUCAGUAUACCUUUGCCUGCUUGACUUGGUGAUCAGAAAGUGACAGCUUAUCACCUUGUCCUCUUGGUAUUUGAGGACUGUAGUCAAGGAUCAAAAGAUCCGUGUGAUAGAUACAAGUGAUUGGCUAGCUUCGGCAGCCUUUUUCUUAGCACUGGUGAAUUGUUUCAAAUUAAGAAAAUCUGAAUCAAACAUUAUCAGAAAAAAAGUAAUAGUCCAAAUGAGCCAUUCUGCAGCUUAACCUGGCUACCUAUUCUUCAAGCAGAGAGCUCUCUUACUUCAUUGGCAAAGAAUUGAAGAACAAAUUCAGAAGGUUCUGGUGUAUAGGCAGGCAUAUUGGCUGGGGAGCCAAGUUCAACCCAGUUUGCCCCCAGACCACAUUCUUUUGGAGCUGCUCAUCUGGCUUGUUCUUGGACACCCAAAAGACAGGGAGCUGACAAUUGUAGGACUCUAAGUAGGUAGCUCACAAAUGUUGUGUCCUUUCCAAAGGACAAAGAGUGUGCUGUGUCCUUAGCAGACUUUCUCCUGAACUGGCAUGGCCUAGAGCUUGCCAGUAUUGUCAUUUAUAAUGUGCUACGUAAACAUCACGCAGCGCACGUGUGGUGUAGCUGACCAGAUGCUUUAUUUGAUUGCAUCCAGAAGUAUAUGUGCAAGUCUCGGUGGAUUUAAGCUGCCCUUCUGCUGAUCUCCAGACCCAGCAGGAGUUCAGGUUGAGAGGACGCAAUACAGAGUGAGUAAGGGCUCCAACAUGCAGCAAACUGCACGAAUUCAGCCUGGAAACUGUUCCAUUUCUUCCCCAGUGCCUGCAUGUGAUAAAGCUGUGCAGAACGUGGAUGUUUUAUAUUCUAGAGCUUCAGCAUAAUUCAGUGGCAUAUCUGAUCAUGUGUUGUCAUGCUUUAUCUAUGCUUCCCUUUUUUUUUUCUCUUUAGCUCUUUUUCUGUGUGCAGCUGGGUAAAAAGAGCAGUUUGGAGUCUAGAAUAUUUUUCACAUGGCUCCUCAUAUGUUUUAAAGUUUAAGCGAGAGAUCUUCUCUUGCACUGCCUUUUUUUUUUUUUUUUGGCCUAAUAAACUUGUAAACAUGCUUUUCAUGCUCUGUGUAACUCCUGUUGUCUCUUCGCAAAUGCAGUUGUGUAGUCCUCUAGCAAUCCAGAUGCUCUUUCACAAAGAAACUAAUGGUGGCAGUUCCUGUGGAGUUGUCUGAACAGCAAAGAAGCUGUCGCUUGCUGAUACCAGCUAUGAGCCUGAGUCAAAUAUUUUAGUGCCCAUGUAUCGUUAGUCUUUGUUACUGGGUACCAUGGUGUCAACACACAUACCAGCCAUUAUAAAACCACUGAGUGGUGGAAAUAAAUUUCCAGUGUAGCACUUGCCAAAAUAUAAAGGUGAAACUUCAAGGAAAUGGAAAAUGCACCUUCUCAUUCAGGGGUGUUUUUAAACGCACCCCUGGAGAGAUCAGUUAGCAGAGUGCGUGGCUUGGUGGGAACAAACUGCCUGGUGACUUGUCAGGGCAGAAUCUCGUGGGUGCUGGUUUGGCUUUGUGAAUCAGGCUCUGCUGUGUGUGGUGGCAUUGCCGUCGGUCAGCUCGCUCCUCUGCAGCGGCUGGGCCCAGGUGGAGUUGUGUUUGCUGUCAGCUCUCCUGGAAAGGGAAGAAGUACAGUAUCAACAAUUAAUAUCAAUUAGCAUCAAUUAAUAAAUUCUGAUAACUUUUAAAGAUAAUAAAAAGCUUCCGACUCAGAUGUAUGUGACUAAAACUAUGCUGUGAUGCUUUUUGUUUUGCUUUUUUAGAAAGAAUCUGUUACGCUUUUCCAGGCUUGCCUCCCCAGACCGCCUCUGGUCCCUCUCUGAGACACUACGGUAGUCCUUGGGCUUUCACUUCCACCUGCUUUCAGUAGAAGCUUCUCAUGUGCCUGUGCUGUGGUCUGUGUGCUGCUUCAUGACAUGGGAUAAAUACAUUUACACUCCAAAGCAGCACAUAGAUAGAAGGCAGGAGUUAGUUGUUGGGCAGGUAUUGUGUGAGAAGCAAGAAUAAUUAGAAGCAUUUCCAAUUCCCUUUGUAGGUUGAAUUAUUUGGGGAGUUGCAGCAUUAGAAACCACUGAUGGCGAGGGGGAUCCAUCGUGCACGAUACCAUUUUUCAGACAGGCCCAGGAUGGCUGCUGCCAUGCGCAGGCUUGCAGCUGCUCUGGGGCCCAGUGAAGCUCCUGAGUUAGGAGCAGACAGCUCACCUUCUCAAGUUAGGCACCAAGUCCAAAUUUUAGCUCCUAGGCACAUCAUCUUAGUCACUGCCCGAUGCUGGCAGCGCUGUGCUUUUUGCCAGUGGAGUUCCCUUAGCAUCCAAAAGUGCUUAAGCCUUAGCAGCAAGAAACCUCUGUCCCAAGUCACACCUGCAUCCCUGUUGCUGUUGCGCAGUGCUGUGUCCUUGCCUGUACAUCAGCACUGCUUAGAAAGUCAGGCAAGUUCUUCUCCUUCCUCGGGCAAGGUGAGGAGGCGGUGAGCCGUACGGUGCAGGUCACUGGCAGCGGUGUGACAUGGUCUUCUGGUGUCUGGUCCAGUCCCGUUUCUAGAAACUCAAACCCAGAAGCUCUUACCAUUCUCUUGUGAAUACUGCUGCAGGAGGUAGUACAGCCACUUCUGAUGUUUUUCUCUUGCACUACAGGCUGAAAUCUUCUUUGUUUAAUUGGAUGAAGAAGGUAGUUAGAAAUUUCAUUUACACUUUAAGUGAGGCACACAACCAUCUCUUGGCACACUAAGGCUGUGAUGCUUCUUUCAUGAACACACAAAUGUAUUGUCUGAGAGGGCUCAUGUUCAGUCACCUUAUGCUGGAGAGAGAGGUAGUUGUGGGUUUUUUUAAUAAAUUCUGAACGACAGGGUUAACAAGCUAAAGGAAGAGUGGUCAGAGUCUGCUGCUAGCAGUGGAUUUCCAUGUUAAAGUUACUUCCGUGUUAAAAUAUGACAAGAAAGGUCUGUGAGGUACAGUUGACUCUGCGCCUCCAGGAUAUUUUUGAAGAACUGCACUUGAUGUUUGGGCAGAUUUUUGGCUUUGAACUUCUGCUGGGUUUUUUAAGAACACUACACACUCCAAGCAAAUCUGCUGCAUUUCUUCCUGCCUCGGCAUUUUGCUUUUAUUUUACAUUGAUGUACAAAUACUUUCAACACACUUGGAUCAAACGUGAAUUGCAAGCUGUGUGGAAUUGUUGUUCCUCCCUGAGAUUUUUGGUGUGUAAAUAGUUCUCCUCCAUGUGUCUUAGAUGUGAUCACAUAGUGAUGUGGCUGCCAUAGAGAGAGUGACCAAACGAUGCUGUAACUGUGCUGCUGUAUUUCUACCUGUGAUGUACUUGAAGGAGGAUGCCCUUGUCCACCUCCACUCUCAUUCUCUUCUCUUUCUCCCUUUUUUUCUUUUAACUGUUGCUGGUGGUGGUCUUUCAUAAGCAUCUUAUUUUGGUUUCUUUGCGGUUUGAUUUUGGUUUGGUUUGGUUUUUUACUAGCUGCCACCUUUUUCUUUCUUUUGUUGGGCAAGUCAUCUUAUUUUGGGGUCUGUACAACUGUCUAGGUUUUAUAUGUCCUGAAGAAUGGAGGACCUGCUGAAGGAAGAUGUUUUGGACCAAUGUACUUACGCUUUGUGACUGUGAAAUGUUAAUCUUUUUGUAACCCAAGAACAAAAAAUGUUUAGUAAAGGGAUAUAUUUUAUGGUUUUUGAAACUUUUCAGUGCAAUGAACAAAAGAGGAGGAUGCUGAAGAAGUGUAUGCUCAAAGUUUUAAAAUAAAAUUUUAAAUUAUA